AUAACAAUUUAGAUAAAAUAAUACUACUAAUGUACAAAGGUGUUAGCAUCAAUGUUAGGAUAUUGGCCGACCUGAACUUAAUUAAUGUCGGAAGUCAUUACUUCCAUCCCAAAAGACAAAGGUCAUUGUUUCUCUUUUCCCCUUCGGAACUUCCUCACUACCUUUCUCUUCAUUUGAAAGCCUUAAAUGUAUACAUAUUAGAAACCAACUAAAAUUAAUUUUGUGAGGGAAACUAUCUCGUAUUCUCGUUGUUUUAAAUGCUUAAUUUUGCACGAUUGCUAGUCUGCUAAGCUACUUAAGUAUAAUAGUUAGAAUGAAUCUCUGUUAUUAUCUUCACCUAAACAUAGUUCGUUUAACCGGUGAAACGUUAUUUAAUUCAUGUUGGAUAUGAAAUUUAAUUAAAUACGAUGUAACUUUUGAAGAUGAUUUCCUCUAGUCAAGUAUAUGUUAUAGUUGUUGGUCCAAGAAAAAAAUAUAUGAACUAUAAUAGUUGAGGAUUUAACGGAAAAGGAAUAAUUAGUAUUCUAAUACUUUGAUUGAUUACUUGUUUAGUUUAUGUAGCAUCGUGUUGCUUAAGAUACCAUAACACAUCCAUCGACAUCUAUAUUUGUGUGAGUACAUAUAUAUUGACGAUAAAGCCAUAUAUCCUUCCUUGACUUUGGUACCCUUUCCUUUUUACUAUAAAUAGGGAAUACUCAUGAUCCUCUAAUUAUGCACACAACCUUUUCCAAAGCCAAACAACAAAAGAACAUAAACUUUUUUCAUCAAAGACGAAGCUUCACCAGAAAUGGAGCUGGAUCUUGAUCUUUCUCUUUCACCUCAUACUAAUUCUUCAAAUUUCGGGUUAGGCUUCGAUCUCAACAAGCAUUUGAAUACCAAAGAAAAAAGUUUUGAUGCGAUGCUUGGGUUGGAAAAUAUGGAAGAAGAUUGUUAUGUAUCAAAACCACGUUCAUUUUCUUUGAAUGGCCAGUCAGACAAGGAAGAUGAUGAUCCUCUGGAGCCCGACUCUUCUGUUGUGUACGACGAGGAAGAGAACUGCAAAGUCGUUGGAUGGCCACCAAUAAAGUCAUGUAUGAAAAAGUAUCUUAAUUAUCGUCAUCGUAGUCGUAAUCACCCAUAUCACCAUCAUGGUAGGAGGAUCAACAUAUCUAAUCAACCGGCUACCAUUGAAAGAGGUGGGCCGUUAACCUCACUGAGAUCAUCAAUGUAUGUUAAGGUGAAGAUGGAUGGUGUCGCAAUAACAAGAAAGGUGGACAUCAAGCUUUUCAACUCUUACGAGUCUCUCACGAACUCCUUGAUCACCAUGUUUAGUCAAUACCAAGAUUGUGAUAGAGAAGAUACAAACUUCAAAUUUACCUUCCAAGGGAAAGAGGGUGACUGGUUAUUACCAGGGGAUGUUCCAUGGAAGAUCUUUGCUGAAUCUGUUCAUCGAAUAUCAAUAACUAGAGAUUGUCUGUGUCCAUAUACAAGACUUUUGUUUUAAUGAUAAGAAAAUAUUCAACUCGAGUACCAUCUAUCUGAUUAAAUUUCUACUCGAAUUCUUGUUAUGUAUUCUCCUUUAGUAUCCAGUUCAUUGGUUUAGGUAUUUUGUCACCUAUCAAGAAUCAUGGCUAAACAUGGACGGUAACAUAAAGAAAUUUCCUCUUUUUUGGACAAA